GAGGAGGCGGCUGCGAGUCCCAGGGGCGCGGAGCAGAGCAGCGCCGCCGGCCCCAGGCUUCACAGCUUGCAGCCCGGCGCGCAUCUCCCCGGCUCGCCAGGGCGCAGGCAGGGCUGCUCGGGAGGCGGCGGCGGCGGCGGCGGCCACAGGCGGCCGCGCAGGGCAGCCCGAGGAUGCUGCCGCUCCUGGUCCUGCCCUUGGUGCUGGGGGCGGCUUGCGCAGCUCCGGCGGCGGAUGGGGGAGCCGAGCUGCCGCCCGGGGAGCCGGCGCCGAGCUUCCCGCGGGAGGAGGCCAGUCUGAACGAAAUGUUCCGCGAGGUGGAGGAGCUGAUGGAGGACACGCAGUACAAGCUGCGGAACGCCGUCAAGGAGAUGGAGGCUGAGGAAGAAGGGGCAAAAAACCCAUCAGAAGUUGACUUUGAAAACUUACCUCCCAGCUACCAUAAUGAAUCCAACACAGACACCAAAAUUGGUAAUAAAACCAUUCAUACCCACCAGGAAAUUGAUAAGUUUACAGAUAACAAAACUGGAUCAACAAUCUAUUCUGAGACCGUUAUUACAUCUAUAAAAGAUGGAGAAAGCAAGAGGAAUCAUGAGUGCAUCAUUGAUGAGGAUUGUGAGACAGGGAAAUAUUGCCAGUUCUCCAGUUUCGAAUACCUAUGUCAGCUUUGUAAAACCCAACAUGCACCUUGCUCCCGAGACGUUGAAUGCUGUGGAGACCAGCUUUGUGUCUGGGGUGAAUGUGUGGAAGCUGCUUCAAAAGGCAAGACUGGCACAAUUUGUGAAAAUCAACACGACUGUAAUCUUGGGACAUGCUGUGCUUUUCAGAAAGAUCUUCUGUUUCCUGUGUGUACUCCAUUACCUGCAGAAGGAGAACCUUGCCAUGAUCCUUCAAACAAAUUCCUGAACCUAAUCACGUGGGAACUGGAACCAGAUGGAGUGCUUGAGCGCUGCCCAUGUGCAAGUGGCUUGAUAUGCCAGACUCACAGCCACAGCACUGUGCCUGUAUGUGAAGUGUCUUUUAAUGACACCAGAAGUAAUGAAAAGGAAGACGCUUUGGUCAUGGAUGAAAUACCGUUUCUUGGUUUGAUACCCAGAGAUGUGCUUGGCGAUUAUGAAGACAGCAGCAUCAUUCAGGCAGUGCGGAAGGAAUUAGAAAGCCUGGAAGGAAAUACUUCCGAACAGACAGAUUUAAAGGAGCCUGAGUUGGUUCAUGAUCUGCUCUUUGGAGAUGAGAUUUAAAUUAAACACAGGGCAGAUUUGUCACUGACACGAUACAAAUUACAUUUCUAGAAGCGUCUAGUAUUUUGCUUGUCUAAAUCCUGACCACACACACUGCUGGAUAGAAGUGCAAUAAAUGAUAUUUUAAAGGGGUUUCUUCCUAUUCCCUUCCCCCAAACCUGGACAGACUUUUUUUUUUUAAAUCCAUUCAGAAGGUUGGACUAAACUAAAUCAGAAAGGGCAAAUGGGGGCCCAACUGUUACAGUUCUCUUUGGACUAGUUACUCUGUCCUGGGUGCCAAAAAAAAAAAAAAAAAAACUUACUAGUUUGAUAUUAAGAGGAAAAGAGCAUGUGUCAAAGUGUUAAUGUUUCAUACAUAAUCUCAUUUGAAUUAUUGGUGAGCCUAAAGUGAAAGUUUUGAGUAUUGCAUUUUCUGUACAUAUGUUUGGAAUAAUGGUUAUUGUUCUGGGGUGAGGAAGAACCCACUUCUUGGUUUAGAUUAUUUUCAGGCAUUGGUCUUCAGGCAUGUAUGUGUUUCUUUUAAAAAAUAUAUCACAGUGAAGUUGCAAUAAA